UUGUAGAACUGCAUGGCCAUGCGAACACCUGGGUGCCAUGCAUGAUGGGGGACUUGCAAGACAGAGAGAAAUCCAAACCCAUCGCGGCCAGGAGUCGUGCGGCAGUUCAGUACUUGAAGAGAAUCCGCGUAAAAUGCACGUGCAAGAAUAACCCAACGAUGGGGGCCAGACACCGAUGAUCAUUGCGUUUUGCAUCGUUUUGGUUUUUGGCACAACAAGCGAAUUUCCCGGACAUCCACCGAGGACGGUUCGGUCCUGCGAGUCAGCCAAGUGGAGCCCGGCACUGGCGGAUUGUCGCAUGGCACAACGGUUUUUGGCAGAGAUUGGCAUGGCUAAACAUGGCUAAACAUGGCUAGACAUGCCUAGACAUGUCAAGGGGCAGAGCCAAAACCACCGGCGCUGUCAACCAAAGUCAACCAUGUGGAUCGUCCGUUUGUCCCGCAGCCAAUCC